CGUCAACAAUCAAUUCGAUCCGUGUUUACAUGUACACAACACAGUAUAUUCGAAGAGGAAUGUGUUGUUGUGAAUUUUGUUCAUAUUUGAAAAGAAAAGGUAUUUGUGAGUGCUUGAAGCAUCUGGUUUAACAUAUGGGUGUAUUAAACACCCAAGAUCGCGUUAAAAGAGCUGAAUUGUUGAACUCUGUCAUCGGUGAUCAAGUAGCUGUUGAAACGUAAGCUAUGAUUUAACAUAUGUUUACAGUAAUGCAAUAACUUGGAAAUUUUACACUUUAACUAGAAUUUCAAUUAUUUUACUUUUUCUUAUCUAUUGAAAUAUGCUCUUUGACAAUAUGCUAGCUAACUGAUAGCCUGUGACACAACCUGUGACAUGUAUACAGAUUAACAGACCCAGAUUUUGAUUGAUUUCAACUAGGGUCUACCAUUAUUACUAUUGAUAUUUGAUAAUUAUUUGCACAUUCUUUAUACUGGUGAUUGUGCUCCAAUCCCAGUCUGAAAUUGAGAAAUUCCCUUAUUUCAGAAAUGUAAAUUCCACAGGAGAGUGAGGAGACCACAAAAGUGGUAAAUAAGCUCCUCAAGUCUGCCUUUUGUCUGGUGUAUUAAAAAUACACAGAAUUCAGGGUGUCUGCUUCUUCUCAGCCUGAAAAAAUUAAAAAAAAACACUUCUUUUUGUUGUGAGGAAUGUCUGUUCUCACGAGAAUUACAUUGAAAUGUUGGGAAGUGUUUAUAUUUCAUGCUGAGAAAAACUGAAAAACCAACAAACAGUGUGUGUUAUAUAUUAUAUAAAUUAUAUGGGCCUUAUUGUGUAUACAGUGACAAGUGGAUGUGUCAAUUUCAUGGUUUGGUACAUCUAUAUUUAAAGUACCACACAUGUUUCACACAAAUGGUUUUCAAUUAUUCUGAAUAAUCUGAAACCUUCCAAGGCAGCUUUUGUAAGGCAUUUUUUACCUAAGAGCUUGAAAGUCUGACUGGGACUAAUUUAAAAGUGCUGUAUAUAAUUAAUUACAACUUACCUCAAUUAUGGCUAAUACAAACACAGAUUCACAGAAGGUUCAAUAUAAUAACCUACAUUUUACUUUGUGUGCUUUGCACCCUUGCAAUAUGGCACUUGUUCAUGUAGGAAUUCUAAAUGAAAUUCAACUGAAACAAAUGCAUUAGAAGAUGGACAAUCUCAAUAAAAUAAAGUAAUUUUGUGUUAGGUUGGCAACUUACAGUAUGGAGCACUAAGAUGCACCAUUCACAAAAUGUAAAUUACUCUCACUGCUGGCAGGGCUGCAAAAUUACCACUGAAAAAGGAAUUAAUUCCAAUUACAAUUACUUGUUUUAAAAUGUAAUUAAGUACAAUGAAAAAUUACUCCGGAAAAAAGGAAUUAAUUACAAAUUUCUUUACCGGCAAAUUGUUACUAUAUAUAUUAUAAGACAAUAUCUUAAACAGUAGUUGUAAAUAAAAAUGGUAUAAACUAUGAAAUUUACAAGAAUUUAUCAAGAUGAUAUUUCAAUAUAUUAAAACAUUUGACAUGCAAAUCGAAGCAUGUAAACUUAAAACUUUAUUUGCCAAUUUUUGGCACUCUGAGCCUCGGAACAAAAUGUGGGUAAUCGUUCCAUGUUUCGCGCACCAAUACAGUAAACGUUAUGUAAUGGAUAUUAUAGUGUAUUGAAAAGUUCACUAGAUACCUCCAUACACAUAUAUACACACCCUAACCCCAACCCUAAACCUAACCCCAAUACCUAACCCUAACCCUAACCUAUAUUGGUGCGCGAAACAUGGAAUGAUAACCAAAUUGUGUUUCGCAAUAAAUAGUACUACUUCAUGUAAGCUAUCAUGUCAUGUGAUCCGUUGAAAAUUAGUUCAGCCAUUUUUCUGAAUUUUUGUCGUAACGUUGUAUUUUUUAUUUCUUGUUUUUACAAAAUAAGAAAAGGAAUUUUCAAUUUGCUCCUUGGAAAAGGAACACGUUUCUUGCUUUUGUAAUUAAUUACGUUUUUCGUAGGGAUGAGCCAAUAAGGAAAAUUGCCGAUUGCUGAGGCCGAUUAUUUAUAAAAUUAUAAGCCGAUUAUUGUAACUAAUCAGCUUAGUUUUUCGUUACAUUUCUAAAAACGGAAUUAAUUACAGGUUAAAAUUACUUCAAAUGUAACGAGUACACAGUAACGUGUUACAAUUCUAACGAGUAUUUGCAGCCCUGACUGCUGGGAGCUCUGCAGCAUCAGCUUCACAUUUGUUUAUCAAAAAAUGCUUGCUUUACUAUAAACAUACUGUCAUCACAUAAUCUAACUUCUGUCAAGUUACGGUGAGCAAUGUUCAACAAAAAUGUGCUCAUCUAACCUGCAUUACAUAUAAUACCCUAUUUCUAUUGUGCGAGAAAACAAAAUAACAGUAACUCCAGAAACUGGAGUACGUAGUAUAAAACCUUGCCUACGUUGGUCGACUAAUAUCCUCUAGUUCAGACCUCUCGCUCAGUCACUAAAUGAAUAAAAUAUAUGUAUACAUUUAAUAUAUAAUUAUAUUAUUGGUUUUCUUUCUUUGUUAGAGAAAACCUAUGGAGGAGAGAAUUUUUUAACUAUCCCAAUCAUAUUUUUGUCUCUGUAGUUUGGAGACCAAUGACCUUGGAACAAAAGAGCUUGGAGAAAUUUUUUUACCCAGUUCCUAGCGUUACCUUUUGCCUUUGUAGUUUAUAUUAAUUUAACAUCAAACAAUACUAGUUCUGCAAGUGUUAUGUUGUAUUAUUGUUCACUCUGUAAUAAGUUGAAAAUGUUCUAGAGGGAGUAUUUCAUAAUUUCCAGACCGUGCGCAAGCAGAAAGAUAUUGCCUGCCAUGGCUGGGUUUUGAACCCGCAACCUUCGAAUUACUAGACAGACGCUCUACCAACUGAGCUACACGGUCAGACAGACUUAAGACUGGAAAUUAUGAACUAUAUACUGAAUGUCAUAAACAUGCUGGUUAUAGUAACUAGCAAUAUAAAGUAUAAGUAUUACCUGUUUGUUUCAAAGUUGAUAUUAUAUAUUUAUAACAAAUGUUUGUGCCAUCCAUAUGUCACAGCUAGGAUAUCAUUCUCAUGCAUCGAUCGGCAUUUAUAAAAAAAUAUAACCCAACCUACCCUAUUUUUUUGCCUUAUAUAUAGUAAAUUAGUUACAUGUUGAAUAAAUAGUAAUAAACUUGUAAUUUAGUUUUAUAAUGAUUAUUAAUCCUGAGGAUGAAUACAAAAUACUGUUAUAUAUUUUGUAUUUUGUAAUUUAGAUCGACAGUUGAAGUUGACCAAGAAGUUGACAUCAAUGUGACAAAUGAUGGACAAAGAUUAAGACAUUCUCAGACAUCUUUAAAAGCAUCUCGAGCACCAAGACCUCAAUCAUACAUUAGAAACACUGGUAGGAAGGCAAAGGGAUGUGCCAACUCAAGAAAAUAUGAAAAUGGUAUUUUGUUAUGCUGUGCUUGUCAGAAUGUCAAAACGUACUAUAUUUUGACAGUGUUAACUUUGCAUACUGGUAUAGAUAUUUUUGUAUCAUCAAAAUGAGUUUGAAUUGCUCCUACAUGAUCAGAUUAAACAAGAAUUAAUUUUGAGACUAUGCGAUCAAGACUAGUGUAGUUUGAAAAAUGUAUUUAAUUAAAAAUGGAUUCACUCAGUAAUCUGACCAGAACCGAAACUGAGUAUAAUUAUACAUGUUAUGGUACUUUGACUUUGUAUCGGAUUUUCUGAACACACUUUUCAUAAAGGGAAUUAUUGGCUGGAAUGCCUCCAAACGGAAAGUAAAUCUAACAGCGCUCUAUAAAGAGUAAUUUUCAACGUGAACAUUCUAGGCCACACAUAUGCAAUUGUAAUUCGAUGUGCACUAUUCGUCAUGUGACCCUUCAAAGAACAAUAACAUAUCACAUAGUUCCGCCCACUAUCCAAACCAUCUACAUAUCAUUCUUCUACAUCUUGUUUAAUCCAUUGAAUGGCAACACUCUCCCCUUGAUGAAUAAAAUUGUCUGGCAUUAGACAGAGUAAAAUAAUAAAGUGUGCACUUCAGGGUGGUUUGUCACUUACACGGUUAAAACAUGAAUAGAUCUUUGGACAAAUAUAUUUUACUACAUUGUAUAAUAAAUAUAAGAAACAAUUUUGAUUAUGAUUUGAUCACCUUUAUUUUAGCUGUCUUUCUUUCCCAGCUGAUUGAAACGGAGGAGUUUUCUGAUUUAAGCAUAGCAGAUUUUAUGGUUAAGUCAACAUCAGCUUUUGAAAAAUUGUUUGAGGAUCAGUCCCAAAUGAAUGUAAGUUGUGCAGGUUAUCCUGUUAAGAAAUUGACAUUUCUGAUUGGCUAAAAGCCAUUGCCAGUAGAGGUGAGCCGAUCAUCGGCAAAACCGAUUAAUCGGCUUGUUUUUUCACAAUCGGCCAUCGGCCGAUUGUCAUUGGCCAUCAGCCGAUUGUCUUCCACCAUUUGUAUGGUCAGUGGUGUAAUAAAAAAAUGAAAUUCAAAUAUUUGGUGUGGAAACAAUUAUCGAAACGAAAGUUGAAACACUAUGUUUACCGAUUUCCCGCGUUUUUUUCAUAGUUGUUUUCUCACUUUUCUGGCAUUUCUGCAAGGUUUACUAAUUAAAUUAUCGUGUUCUGUAACUUCCGUUGACCAGUCAGUAGCACGCUGUGGAUUUCAGAAUCAGUGUUAAAAAUGUCGCUUCCUGUUUCUGCAUGUUUUGCGAGUCUUUUGACGAGAGGAUACAUUAGUAAAAUAAAAUUAAGAUGACCAUCGGUUUUGCCGAUUAAUUGGCCGAUGGUGGGUAAAUAUCGGCUGUUAACAAUUGGUAUCGGUAAUCGGUAUCGGUAAUUUUUAGAUAUCGGCUCACCUCUAAUUGCCAGCAUAAUUGGCGACUUCAACGAUACCUAAUAAUAUUGCACAAUAGAUUGUACUGUUUAUAUCACUCUUGCCAAAUGGCCUCGUUUUCAUGUGAUUAUUUCCUUAUGAUUUGUGCACAGUAGGUUUACGAAAUAAGGCUUGUGAUUGGAAACAAGAUCAAAGAGAAAUAUAUUCAUGUAUGAAACAUGGAGAGAAAUAUGUGUAUGGGGAUAUAACUUUCGUGUGCGCCUGCCAUGCUAAAACAGGCAAACAUGAAAACAGUGCCAGCAUAGGUAGAGAGGGGGAGGGGGGCUAGUGACAAAACACCUACCCAUCUACAUUUUUCGAACAUGAAAACGAGGCCAUUGGGGAAAAAUUGCAAUGAACACUAAACUAUAUCUAUUGAUAUCAAAGCUCCAAAUAUUUGAAAGAAAAGAACAUCGCAUUGUGGAAAUUCGGAACAAUAGAGGCUACGUCGUUUUUACAUUCUUUUAAGUAAAAGAAUAGAACAAUUAUGGUAGGACUAGAACGCGAUAUUUGGCGAAGCUAAGGCAAAUAAACGUGGGAUGAGGCAGAAUUUUGGAGGAGAUUAAAAAUUCCACAAUCCCAGGGCAAAACGAUAAAAAGUCCGCAUUUUUUGCGUUAUCUUUCUAGAAAAUACUUUAUUCCACAUCACAUCUUGGAAAAAUUCGUCAUUCUGUGAGCAGUAAACAAAAGUAUAUUUCCCUAUAAAGUAAAAGAAUUCUCUACUCCAAAAUUCCGCCUCCCUAGAAUAACACAUGACAAGAUAUCUUAAUCUUACUCUCAACCUAAAGUAAAAUUGAAAUAAGUAUCACAUUCCUGGUAUGAGUGAUAUCAAUCACUUAAAUUAUCUUAUUUUACCAGAGAUGGAGUGAAUUUGUAAACCUAAAUGGCGAAGACCAGGACAGAUAUCUGUGUGAGUUAUCUCAAGUUGAUUCUUUUGAAACUCCAGUUGCAAGUCGAAGUACUGGAACUAAUUCAGGUAUCAUCUCAUUGAUGUUCAACGAUUGAUGUUAAAGAUGACAUAAAAUACAAACCCCUUCCUGAAAUAAAACGUCUAGGUGGAACGAAAUUAUCCAAUGCUUCCAUAAUGAAUCAGAUCAACAUUGAAGGCUUAAAUAAUAUAUCUGAUCAAGAAUUGACCACUUGCGUAAUAAACUAAAUUUUGAUCUAGACAAAAAUUUCAUCACAGCUUGAAAGAGCAUCACAAAUUUAGUAAUAUUCCAGAGUUCCGUUGCGAAAUGUUGUAAAAUGCGGAUAAUAUAGCCUUGUGAAGUUUGCAAUUUUCAGUCAUUUUAGAUUACAAACGGGAAAUUGACAGCCCAAUACCCUUUGGGGCUGUCAAUUUCCCGUUUGUAAUCUAAAAUGACUGAAAAUUGCAAACUUCGCAUGCAAGGCUACAUUAUCCACAUUUUACAACAUUUCGACACGAAACUUUGGAAUACUACUAAAUUUGUGAUGCUCUUUCAACUUUCAAGCUGUGAUGAAAUUUUUGUCUAGACUUGUUUAGAUCAAAAUUUAGUCUAUUACGCAAAUGGUCAAUUGGCAAGCAUGAUAAACAAUGCUUUUCUUGACCACUGGCAGAAUAUCACCUAUCGUCCCCAUUAGAACGAGUUGCUUUGGAGGACCACCCUGAAUAUCUACAAGUUUCUGAAGAAAGAGUUUUUUCACACAUAGCAAAACUUAAUCCUGGAAAAAGUGCAGGUGUACGACGUGCCAAAUGGACCUUUCCGGUAAUUACGUCACGACUAGCACUGUUUUCAACUUAGGACCACCUUAAAUGGAAUGGAUUUUAAGUUUGUUUCUCACGGGCUAUGGUCAGAGGAGCAGAACAUCCUUCUUCAACACAUGCAUAAAAAAGAAUUUUGACUUUUGAGCAAUAAAUGUUAAUAAAUUUGUCAAUUUAGCCCUUUGGCUGCUGUGUAUUUUAUUGAAUAUACUCGUACAGUAGCUCUACAUGAUUUUUGGAGUUAUUUCCUUAUACUAUGGAAGGAGCGUCACUCCAUGGCUUCCUAACUUCUGCAGCCAUACUAUAUACUUACCUGCGUGAUUUCAAACAGCUCCUUUUGCAGAACUACUGCAGCAUACUGUACAUCAUGCAUGCCAUAAGCCUGCUUUAGUUUCGUUCUGAUUUAGUUUUCACCCUGUUGGGCGAUGACGUCGUCGUUGAGUACAGUCGAAUCCCGAUAUGUCGAACCAGUGAGCCCUAUGUAUCCGGAACAAGAACUUCGUUCAUUCGGCCUAUGAGAAAAUGAAUGAAUGUAACUUGAUUGUACAGGGAUAAGCGAAAUAAUCUCACUGAUAUUAUGCCUCUUCGUCGUGAACUCAUGUUACCGUUACUUUUCAUUGUUUUAGAUCUUCAGAUUGCAGCAAAGAGUUUUCAAAAUGUCGACAGUAAAAUCAAGUCAACUUUGAAGGGCAGAAACAUAUCAAUGGUAAUCUUUGUUACUUUGAAAUUCCGAAAGCAACUGGCUCCCUAGCGGCUGCCCGAUCGUAAUCCAGUACAAUAGAAAGUGCAAGAUUACGUUUGAGAGGCAACAGAACCGGCAGAACCAUAUUUUCUUGGCAGAAUUUCCGUUUUCUUUCGUUUCUUCACAUAUAUUGUCUUUCUAAUGUCAAAAGAAUCGUAUUACUGUACAUUUCUGUUUGAAUACAACCAGUCUAUUUUGUCGUUAUUGUCGUACAACGUAAAAUUUUUCGUCGCUUAGUGUUUGCCGUCAGAUGUAUCAAAGCCAAGCUUAAACUUCCUAAUUGUCACAUACAGAAGAACAGAAAACAAAUGAAGAUGUUUUCAAGACGAUAUGACUGUGUCUUGUCAUCUUCCAGGGUUUUUUCAGGAUUUUCUCUUUGGUCCGUUUUUUUCAGAGAAGAUUGAGUUAAGCUGUACAGCUGAGGGUGUGGGGCAGCUGCGGGAGGCUGACACCUGUACCCAAUGAGUGUAUUUAUUAUUUAAAGCAGGCACUAUAAACUGGUUAAAGAUGGCGAAUGCGUUAUUUUUCUUGUGUUGUGAAAUGAAUCCCAGCCAUUUUUUCUUGAUUGUCGGGUUUCCAACUGAAAACUAAUUUCCACACGUCACGAAUUUGACUCAAACAACUUCAUUUUUACUGCACUGAAACUUUAGUGCGAAGAUUGAGUUUCAAAACUCAAUUCAAGAUUCAAAACUCAAUUCAAGAUUGAGUUUUUGGGGCCGUUUUACGGUCCUGAAAAAUCCCUGAAAAAACCCUGAUCUUCCCGUUCUGAAUUAAACAUUGCGUCAUUGCCUAAGUUCGCUAAUGUCGAAAAAAAUUCAAAUUUCUAAUGGAGAGAUUAGAUAACGUUAUGGAGAUCUUAAACAAUGCGCGCGUUCAAACGAGGCCAACAUGUUGAUCCAACAUUGAUGACCUCGUUUCAAUUAAAUUAAAUUAAACAUAUUAGGUAAUGUUGGCUGAUUUUGGAUGAUGUUGGAUCGGGUUUGACUUUGUUUAAAAUUUUCAUCCAACAUUGUGCAACCGCCAACGUCGUUCAACAUUGGUAGGUGUAUACUAAUUGAAUUGAACGUUUCCUCCAUUUAGUCUGGUUUAAAGUAUUUUGAAGAAGAAAUGUUGUCCGUUUUCAAAGACAUCAAUGAAGCUGUCCUUAUUUCUCUAAUUCCAUCAAGGUAAAUCAUAACUCAUAAGUCGUGUUUACACUACAAUCGUAGACACUGGAACUCACUGGUAACCUUUCUCCAGAUUCACUCGGCCCAGUCUUUCGCGCGAUCUAUAUAUUGUUGAGAUCUCAGCUCGAUCUCUUCCGAAAAUUAAGGCUAUGUCUUAAUUGUAAAAGGCGUUCAAAUUAAGACAUUGCCUUAAUUUUAAACCUAACCCCCACCCAACCCCCGCCCUAACCUCUAAUCCUAAUCUAAUCUUAGUCUCACCCUAAUCCAAUCCUGGCGACCUUUUUUCUUUCUUUUUUUAAGAGAAUUUUGGAGAAUUUCAAAUUUAAGCCAUAUCCUUAAUUUUCAAACGUUUUACAAUUAAGACAUAGCCUUAAUUUUGAGAAGAGAUCAUGUUGUGAGAUCUCGAUCGGUGGGGAUGUUUAGAUUGCGCUAAACUUUCAGUUUAGUAAAUGUAAUAAACGAACGUCCAACUAACAAACGUAAUAUACGGAAAAUCUGUCAACAUAAGAUUAAUUGCAAUCUUCAAAAAAAUACGUCGUGUAGAAUGUUUUUAUAUAUUUCAUCGAGAUCAAGAAGUUGUAUUGCUCACGCAUGUUUGGAUGUCUUGCUUUAAAAAUUUCAAUUUGGAAACGUAAUAAACGAACAUCCACUCCAAUUAUGAAAUUCCAAUUAGCAAACGUAAUAAACGGAAGAAUAGGCGAAAAUUGUACCACGCGCGUUAUGUUUCCAUUCGAUCGCAUCAUUUAAAUAUCGCUCUGCACUAUGUUGUAUUCUUUCUUUCAUACAUGUAAAAUGUAUCUGUUCAUUUUUCAAAGAUUCAUAUAAUCAAGGCCAUGAGCGCUCAAGCACUCAUUCCUAUCACUAUGUUCCAGUGAAGAGCUGUGCUCUUUCACGGGCGCCUUCGUUUAGACAACACGAAAUAGCCCAGUGGUUCCACUUUCCUUGCGAUAGUAACCCCAUUAGUUCUAGCAGUCGUGGUGAAAUGACGUCAUCAUGCAUCAAGUACUAUUUAAAACACGCGUAGGAGUGUUUUAUCAUAUUUAACGACUUAAUUCUAUUCAGAACCAUUCUCAGAGAAAUGAAAAAUUUAUAGUUUCGUGUAUCAACAUGUUUUAGAAUAAUAUGAAACUUUGGUCGUUUUUUAUAUCUUUCAAGAUGGUUCUAAAAUAGAAUUGAAACACUGCGCGUCAUCCAAGACAAACGUGAAUUAAGUUAAUCGCGAAAAUAUUUCUCGCUACCAAUCCCCGUUGACUCGAUAGCUCCAUGGGUAGAGUGGCAGUUUAAAAACCCGAGCAUGUAUGUGAGUUCAAAUCCCACUCGAGAGAACGAAUGUUUCGUUGUACUCUGCAAUGUCAGAAUAAUAUGAAACUAGUUUUUUUAUAUCUCGGAGGAUGAUUCUGAAAUAGACUUGAUUGAUUUGUUAUUCAUGUUUUAAUUGUAGCAUGGAUAGGUUAUUGAUUCAUGGGAUUUGUCAAUACAUGAACUUAACUUCACAAAGUAAGUACAGAUGAUAUAUCUCCAACUAUAUUCAAUUAAAAUUCCUUGCAGUUGAAACGCUGAAAGAUGCGCGAACCGAUCGUAUAAAUGAUGGGUUAGACUACUCAUAGCCUAUCGAAGGGGGGAUGGCUGUGAAACUCAUUAGAAUAACAAUAUAACUCGUUAUUUAUGUUGAUCAACGUUUAUUCAUAAAUCUGGUCCUUCACCGUCACGUGUGUAUUGUAUUCUUGCCCAACUAACCAAUAGCAAUGUUUUAGGAAAGUCACCUAUCCGUGACUCGAACAACAGGGAAACUGGAAAUUGCUAUUGCCGGAUUUGACAGAAAUACAAUACACACGUGACGGUGAAGGACCAUAUUUAUUACGUUGACUAACACAGAUGAGUUAUAUUGUUAUUCUAAUGAGUUUCACAGCCAUCUCCCCUUCGACAGGCUAUAUAUGGACUACUCUAAGGCUAUUCAACCCUCGCAUUAACGUAUCAAACCUCAGAUAGCAUCAUCUUAUGACCAAAUAUUAUCCACUAAAGGUAGUAACGCCCUCAGAUCAUUCUCGUCUCCAGGACCUCUCGCGUCCUUAUAGUUUUCAACAAGUGGCUCUGGGGACGAGAAAGCCCCCUGAUAGUAAUAACCUGCAUGACUGCAUUCUUCAGUGGGUUGAAAAUUUGCAAAUUACAAAGUACUAAAGGAUCACCUAACCUACAUCUAAGAUGCAGAUUCAUUAGUUUAAACAGGGUUCGUACAAAACAUGAAUGUCCUCGAAUUUGAAAACAAAAAUUGAAGGCCGUGAAUGUCCUUGACUGAUUUGUAAAGAAAUACUUGAAAGUCCUUAAAUUUUUCUUGCUUCAGUUUCUGGAUAUUUUCUGAAAUUGUUUGACAUUCAAAAACGGACAUUUUGUUGAAUUGGUUUUAUAUGUUCAUAUCUGACAAAGUUGUUUGAAAUUCAUUAAAGUUGCGUUUUGAACAAUUCAGUGUCACUUUUUACUGAUUUUUAACGCCUUCUCUUCGGAGUUCAGCCCUUUAGUCCUUGAAUAUCCUGAUACAUGUCCUUGAAUAGCCCGUUUGCAGCCCGAAAUUUCGUUCAAAGUUAACUAAUAUUCCGUUUCAAAUUUUCGUGUGGGGGACUGCGAGCAGGGCUAGUCCUUGAAAAUUCCUUGAAUUUGACUCUUCCUGACAUUUACGAACCUUGUUUAAAUUACGUCAUAGCAUGCAAAGAACAAAACACGAUAGGAAGUGGAGUUAUCUAUGCAACAGAUUGAGUUUUGUCAAUCUUCUUUUGAAGGUCACCCAAGAUACGUGAUUCAAGUAGAAAACCUGAAAAACCAGUUUCAUCCGCCGGUUAUGUUAUUAUCACAAUAUUUAGAACGCAUUAGAUAAUGAACGUAUUUAAAAAUUGUAUAAUGAAUUGUCAAUAUUUUAGCGAUUGUGUAGUUUUAAACAAAUUUUCUGGAGGCGUUUUUAAUACUGUCAGUUCUAUGACAUCUUAUGUGUAACAUAACAAAAUU